GGCCCACCACCACCGUCCCCCCUAUAUACCUGAGAGCACCUCGCUCAAUUCCUCCCUAGCUCGUGCCCGCCCCCACACACAAACACCAGCUCACCAGCUAGCAGCAAUGGCGCCGCGGCGGGCGAUCGAGGUGGUCCGGCAGCAGGCCGCGGAGUGCGCGGAGGCGCCCAAGUGGCGCAUGUCGCUGCUGGAGAACGCCUUCACCUCGUUCAUCCAGUGUUCCCCCGAGCCCGCAAAGGUCGUGUUUGGAGAGGGGUCCUUGUUCAGCCCUUACCUGCUCGGCAAGUUCUUCGACCCGGCCGACGCCUUCCCGCUGUGGGAGUUCGAGUCGGACGUGCUCCUCGCCGGGCUCCGGCGGAGCGGCAGGACGACCGUCGACUGGGCCGAGAAUGACUGCGAGUAUUGCCUCAGAGCCGACAUGCCUGGUGGAAGGAAGUGCGACGUGGAGGUGAGCGGCGACUGCGGGCGGGUGCUGGACGUGAGCGGGCUCUGGCGGGCGGCGGCGCCACCCGACGGCCGGGACUGGCGCGCCGGCAAGUGGUGGGAGCACGGCUUCGUCCGGCGCGUGGAGCUGCCGGAGGACGCGGACGGGGCCAGAGUGGAGGCCUACUUCGACGACGGCGACGGGUCGCUGGAGAUCAAGGUGCCCAAGAAGAAGGGCGGCGACGCCGCCUGAGAAUCGGAACCUCGCCGCCCGCGCAAUUUGAUUAGAGAGGAUCGCAUGCAUCUGCCGCCUUGCCCGGGGAGGGGAAUUAUUCUUCUCCGAUGGAGACUGAAAAGACGGCGUGAUCUUGUAGAAAUUCGCAAAAUAUAUGAUAUGGAGGAGAGCAAAAGAUAUGAUAUGGGACGGGAGAGCAAAAGCAGCAAAUUACAGUACCUAUAUCUAUGGCGCGCAUCUUAUGAAUGAACCAAAUGUAGUGUGUUCUUCAGUUCAGUGUUCGUUGCCCUGUUAAACGGCUGGUGAUUAGCAGCGUCGCUGUCGGUUUUCUCUGCCGUCGAUCCAAUUGGGCGUCGAGCUCAGAUCAUAAAUGUGAUUCCAGAUUUGUAGAUGAGUAUGUAUAAAAGUCGCGGCUUUUGGAAAGGGCGGAUUCUUCCGUUUCUUUCGGCACGACGUAACUGUAUUAACCCCCGUCCCUUUAGCUCGGAGUGGGCCUCGAGAGCAUCGGAGCUGUACGAAAGCUUUGGUGUCUCUUUCAGCCAAUGAUUCUUCAGAGCAGCACAUUGGCCAGAUGACAUUCUAUGAUUUCAAGCACUGGAUUUGUUUUA